AUGUCCGUGUGCCUGAGUGACACCUGGUAAUCCGACUGGUGCCAACCGGGCCGCAUGCUGGCAGACGGUGCGGGUGGCCAUGCCCCCGGCUUGCUGACACCCCCUCCCACGCACCGCAGGAGGAUAAAGUGGGCGAUACCCCGGCUAUGGACACAGAAAUAGUAUCCUAACAUUGUGACAGCCAUACUGCUUUCAAGUGUCCUUGUUUUUAUGUUCCCACACCUUGGAAUAUUCCAUAGUCAACCUGAAUCAAUCACAGACUGUAUGCUAAAACAGGUACAAAAUCCAGAAGAGGUUCAAUAUAUUGAGAAGAGAUUGCCACUAGUAUACAAAAUUCGGGAGCAGAAAGCAGUAAAAAAUCACUUUCCAUUUUCAACCCAUGACAACAGGCAUUGUUUACAGAAUGUGGGAGAGUACUUUGAUUUUAGCCUAGGACGAAAGAAGGUUGAACCAGAAAGAAGGCAACAGAAUUCACAAAACUUCUGUCUGUGGGCACAUGAGUACAUUCCUAACAGUCAUGAUGGUUUUACCAUUUAUCAAACAUCAUUCAUAGGUGAUCAAGAUACCAAGCGUCCUUUUUGUAGACGAUAUCCAAAACAGCACUUAGAAAGGUGCUACAUUUAUAAAUCUAUUCCUGAGAAUGAAAAACACAUGUAG